AUGUCUCGGGGAGUGAUGCAGCCCAGCCAGCAGAAACUGGCAGAAAAACUCACCAUCCUCAACGACAGAGGCAUCGGGAUGCUGACCCGUGUUUACAAUAUCAAAAAGCAAGGACAAGUUUGGAAGGCAUGUGGUGACCCAAAGGCCAAGCCCUCCUAUCUUGUUGACAAGAACCUGGAGUCUGCCGUUAAAUUUAUCGUAAGGAAGUUUCCUGCUGUGGAGACGCGCAAUAACAAUCAACAGUUGGCUCAGCUGCACAAGGAGAAGUCUGAGAUCCUGAAGAACUUGGCUCUCUACUAUUUCACCUUUGUGGAUGUCAUGGAAUUCAAGGACCAUGUGUGCGAGCUGCUCAACACAAUUGAUGCCUGCCAAGUCUUCUUCGACAUUACUGUGAACUUUGACCUGACCAAGAACUAUCUGGACCUGGUGGUGACAUACACCACUCUGAUGAUAGUCCUCUCCCGCAUAGAGGAGAGAAAGGCCAUCAUAGGACUGUACAACUAUGCCCAUGAGAUGACCCAUGGAGCCAGUGACAGGGAAUACCCCAGGCUGGGUCAGAUGAUCGUCGACUACGAGAACCCUUUAAAGAAGAUGAUGGAGGAGUUUGUACCACAUGGAAAGUCGCUGUCUGAUGCAUUGAUCAGCCUUCAGAUGGUCUAUCCCAGGAGAAAUCUGUCUGCUGACCAGUGGAGGAACGCUCAGCUGCUCUCACUGAUCUCUGCUCCUUCCACAAUGCUCAACCCUGCCCAAUCAGACACUAUGCCUUGUGAAUACCUCUCACUGGACGCUAUGGAGAAGUGGAUCGUGUUUGGGUUCAUUUUGUGCCACGCGGCGCUGAACAGCGACCCGGCAGCGCUGUCCCUGUGGAAGCUGGCGCUGCAGAGCUCCACCUGCCUCUGUCUGUUCAGGGACGAAGUCUUCCACAUCCACAAGGCUGCAGAGGACCUGUUCGUUAACAUCAGAGGGUAUAACAAACGCAUCAAUGACAUCAGAGAGUGCAAAGAACAGGCGCUGUCCCAUGCUGGCUCCAUGCACAGAGAGAGACGCAAGUUCCUACGAUCCGCUCUGAAGGAGUUGGCAACCGUUUUAGCCGACCAGCCUGGACUUCUAGGCCCAAAGGCAUUAUUUAUUUUCAUGGCGUUAUCGUUCGCACGAGAUGAAAUCAUCUGGCUGCUCCGACAUGCAGACAACAUCCAGAAGAAAAGCACAGAUGAUUUCAUAGACAAGCACAUUGCAGAGUUGAUCUUCUACAUGGAGGAGCUCCGAGCUCACGUCAGGAAGUACGGCCCCGUCAUGCAGCGUUACUACGUCCAGUACCUGUCUGGCUUUGAUGCAGUCGUUCUGAAUGAGAUGGUGCAGAACCUGUCGGUUUGUCCAGAGGAUGAAUCUAUCAUCAUGUCUUCAUUUGUCAACACCAUGACCUCCCUGAGCGUCAAGCAAGUGGAAGAUGGAGAUGUGUUUGACUUCAGGGGGAUGAGACUGGACUGGUUCAGGCUGCAGGCUUACACCAGCGUUUCUAAGGCAAGCCUCGGUAUAGCGGACCACAAGGAGCUGGGUAAAAUGAUGAACACCAUCAUCUUCCACACAAAGAUGGUGGAUUCCCUAGUGGAGAUGUUGGUGGAGACAUCGGACCUGUCUAUCUUCUGUUUCUACAGCCGUGCAUUUGAAAAGAUGUUCCAGCAGUGUUUGGAGCUUCCCUCCCAAAGCCGACACUCCAUCUGCUUCCCUCUGCUCUGCGCUCACUUCAUGUCCUGCACACAUGAGCUUUGUCCUGAGGAGCGUCACCAUAUAGGGGAUCGAAGCCUGUCGCUGUGCAACAUGUUUCUGGAUGAGAUGGCCAAGCAGGCCAGGAACCUGAUCACCGACAUCUGCACUGAGCAGUGUACUCUCAGCGACCAGCUGCUGCCCAAACACUGCGCUAAAACUAUCAGCCAGGCUGUGAAUAAGAAGAGCAAGAAGGCAACGGGAAAGAAGGGGGAGCAAGAGAGGGAAAAACCUGGAGUGGAGAGCAUGAGGAAGAACCGGCUAAUGGUCACCAAUCUGGAUAAGCUCCACACAGCGCUGUCAGAGCUCUGCUUCUCCAUCAACUACGUUCCCAAUCUGGUGGUGUGGGAGCACACGUUCACACCGAGAGAGUACCUCACCUCGCACCUGGAGAUCCGCUUUACCAAGUCUAUAGUUGGGAUGACCAUGUACAACCAGGCCACUCAGGAGAUCGCCAAGCCCAGCGAGCUGCUGACCAGCGUCCGGGCUUACAUGACUGUGCUGCAGUCCAUCGAGAACUACGUCACCAUCGACAUUACUCGAGUUUUUAAUAACGUCCUCCUGCAGCAGACGCAGCACCUGGACAGCCAUGGGGAACCCACCAUCACCAGUUUAUACACAAACUGGUACCUGGAGACGUUGCUCCGUCAGGUCAGCAACGGACACAUUGCCUAUUUCCCCGCCAUGAAGGCCUUCGUAAACCUGCCUACUGAGAACGAGCUGACCUUCAACGCCGAGGAAUACUCCGACAUUUCUGAAAUGCGCUCCCUCUCCGAGCUGCUGGGGCCGUACGGGAUGAAGUUUCUUAGCGAGAGUCUGAUGUGGCACAUCUCAUCGCAGGUUGCUGAGCUAAAGAAACUGGUGGUGGAAAACGUGGAGGUGUUGACCCAGAUGAGGACAAGCUUCGACAAACCGGACCACAUGGCCGCACUCUUCAAGAAACUCACCUCUGUGGACAGCGUUCUGAAGAGGAUGACCAUCAUUGGUGUCAUCUUGUCCUUCCGUUCUCUCGCUCAGGAAGCUUUGAGAGAUGUGUUGUCAUGCCACAUUCCAUUCCUGGUCAGUUCCGUGGAGGAUUUCAAGGACCACAUCCCUCGAGAGACAGACAUGAAGGUGGCCAUGAACGUCUACGAGCUGUCCUCAGCAGCCGGUUUACCCUGCGAGAUCGACCCCGCGCUGGUGGUGGCGCUAUCCUCUCAAAAGAGCGAGAACAACAGUCCAGAGGAGGAGUAUAAAAUCGCAUGUCUGCUGAUGGUGUUCGUGGCCGUUUCCUUGCCGACGCUCGCCAGCAAUGUGAUGUCACAGUACAGCCCUGCCAUUGAGGGCCACUGCAAUAACAUCCACUGUUUGGCCAAAGCCAUCAAUCAGAUUGCUGCAGCGCUCUUCACCAUCCACAAGGGAAGCAUAGAGGACCGCCUGAAGGAGUUCCUGGCUCUGGCCUCAUCCAGCCUCCUGAAGAUUGGCCAGGAAACCGACAAGAUGACCACAAGAAACCGAGAGUCCGUCUACCUGCUGCUGGACAUGAUUGUGCAGGAGUCUCCCUUCCUGACCAUGGACCUGCUGGAGUCCUGCUUCCCUUACGUCCUGCUGCGAAACGCCUACCAUGCCGUCUACAAACAGAGCAUCAGCGCCAGCGCAUAGAGAUGCUCACAUGUACAUAGAAAAACACUGCGCGAAAACACUAAUCCAUCAAGGACUCCGCUCCCUGAUAACCGACACUAUCGACAUAACGCACUAAUUAAGCCAAACACACUAAAACACACAGAGCUGGAUGAAGUGGGGGAUCAGUGUCUUUAUUUCUAUCCUUGUUUUCCAUCAUGUUGCGCGGGACCAUAACCACUGCAACAACUUUUAUUAUUAUUAUAUGAUGUUUUAAUGAACAAAAAUAUAAAGAUAUAGUAUAUAUAUAAAGCUGACACUGAAAUAUUCCUUUUGUUUCUUAUUUUAAUAGACAAUUUGAGAUUUCUAUGGUCCAGCUGAGACCUGUGUGUUGAUUUGGAUGCUUAUUUUGGGAAUGCAAUGAUUCUGCCGUGCUGUGGGGUUCUUUGACCUUUUAUUUGUUGUUAAGGAUUCCUGUGUUGAUGCUGAGAGAUGCGUUACCUGCCGGUUUCCACAAACUGUACGGACACACACUGACAGAUAUCCGAUACGAACCCCCUAACCUAAGGAACUUUUGUUGCUUAAAAAAACUCAACAUUUGUAUAACACGGUGAUGCUUCUUCCUGUUCUUUUUUUUCUUGUUUUUUUUCUAGGUAGCUGUAACACGAAGCGUUUGUGGGUAAAGAUGUGCCGUCUGUAUUCUACUUUGAUGUGAACUGUCUGUUUUUAAUAUUUUUGUUUAUUUUUAUGACAACAAUGACCGUUUGCCAAAUGUGUUGACACUUAACAUUUUGUGUAUCAGGGCUUGGAAGUGGUGAAAGUGUUUGAUUAUUGAUGGUGCGCAAUGCCAUUUUUCUUUUUUCUCAAACUUGCGGCUUUAAGCGGAACAAAACACUAUUUUUUCCGGAGGGAAGGAGUGACAGAAACGUUCCCCCUCAGCUCUUCACUCUGCGGCCUUUGGAAAGAGGCAGAUUGGGUGUUUUCCUCGUCCCGUUUUAACACCCUGGAAGCUGACAAUUAGAGCAGCUGCUGUUAAAAGCUGACCAUCCACACUAAAGUUUUUAAUCAUCUGUUGUGCUUAACUUUAUAAACGGGAAAGAAAUGGAACCAGUUCCUCUUCUGAAAAAGCAAAUGGAUCAUCUCUGGCCUGUUAAACUACAAACCAAUGUGGAGCUGCAAUAAGACAAAAUAAAUCUAUAUAUGUUAACACUC